AUGAAGUUGAGAGUGAGACUCUUCCAUUCCUUGUCAUCAUGCCAUACAAGAAGAGGCUCAUCAAUAUUAUUAUUCGGAAGAGGCUCAUCAUUCUGUUACCCAAACACAUUUCCUAUUUUUCAACAUCUCAAUACAUUCAAAAAUUAUGCCACUCUUAUUCAACAUCAAAAAACGAGGAAUGGAACAAAGAUAAAUUCAUCCUCAACCACAUCCAUCCAUCCUAACCUUGAUAGCAAUACUUCAUCCAAUGCACAAACAACACCAUUGGAACCACACAUUCCUCCACUUUCAACCUUUGAAAUUAAAACUCAAUUCUCUAAAAGUGGUAAAAUUUAUAAUGAAUUAGAUUAUACUCCUGGAUUACAAGCAUUAAUUUCCAAAUCUAGAAUUUUACAACGAGAAUUAAACAAAUCCAUGAGUACAGUCACCACCAAUACCAAAGUACAAUACGAUACAGAUGCUUCUCUUCGUACAUUAUUGAUCCGAUCCAUCACUCAUGCUUCAUUUGGAUCUGGUAAAGUAAGAACACAUGAUCGAUUGGCAUAUAUGGGACAACAUGUAUUGGAUUUGGUAUUAACAGAAAUUAUUUCACAUAAAUAUAUGAGUCAUGUGAAGGGAGGAAAUUCCCAAUCACCAUCGACCAUUCUACUUGGAAAUACAAUUACGAACAGUGGUGGUCUAUUUAUAGAUGUCGAUUCUCCUCAUGCUGAACAAGUGAAUAGUGGUCGUGAGAGAUAUAGUACUGCAUCUUUAUUGAAAGCAAUUUAUAACAAUCGAUCUUAUUUGGCAUUUGUUGUGGCUAAUGAAUAUUGGAAUUUUUGUAAUCAUCAUGAUGGUGCUAGCAAUGACAAGACUCCAUUGGUUCGAUUCAAAAAUAUGCAUCAACAAGUAGUGAAAUAUCCAUCUUCACAACCCAAUGUGAUACCAUUUACAAUGAACACUCAAACAACGAUGAAUGAAACUUCCAAUACUUGUUUUAUUGAAAAUGAACAUUAUACAUUGAGAUGUGUGAAUUGGAAUGAAAUGACUACAAAAGGACAACGAGAAAUUACAUCCAAUGCUGUUCUUGCUAUCAUUGGAUCUCUCUAUGCUAAAUGUGGACUCUCAGUUGCAAGAGAAUUUAUUGAAGAAGAAAUUAUUAGAGAUCGACCUUCUCAAGUAUUUAAAAAAUUACUCUUUUUGGAUGAACCUCAACUUGUGUUGAGUGAUUUAGUUGGAUCUUAUUAUCACUACAAUAUGAAAUUUGUUGAAGAAUAUGUCAAAUCAACGAAUUGUUUUAAAUGUACAUUGUUUGUGAAACAUCGAGUGAUUGGUGAUGCCAAUGCUAAGGAUGCAUUUAAGGCAAGGAAAUUGGCAUGUUUUGAUGGUUUGAUGAGAUUACAAAGUAUGAUUCCAAAUUAUUAA